AACAAUGGGCGGCCGCAUUUUUGUUUGUUCUGUUUUCCGGGUUAUCGCUGCUCCGUAAACUAGCAGUCGGAAUGUCCCAUAUAAGGAUUUGAGAUCUGUCAUCAAUAUCACAAUCACCGAAGUGUAAAGACGAAAUAGGAACCGCCAAGAAACAUGUCUGGGAUUACGACGUAGCACCAUCCGUAUAACCAUGAGCAGAAAGAAGCCCGAGAGAACAGAUCGCGUCGCAGACGGCUCGGAAACUCCGCCACGGCUCCGUGAUAGCGAGCAGGACCCAGACGCCGAGGAAUUUUCGAGACUACGUUGUUCCAGUAUCCAAACCGAAGAAGUUGCCGAAAGAAAUCGGCGGAACAAUCGCCAGCCUAGUGCUGGUUACCCAGGGCUUGCAUUUGGAGGUUCAAUAUUCUCUUCUGGGACUUUAAUGAGGUUUCGAAUCAUUUCGAACGAGUUGCACAACAUCACCAACGUGCAGCUGAAAAGAGUGGAGGGCGAGGUGUCUGCGUUGAAGAACAGAAUCAAAACUUUGGAGGAAAACCUCGGCAAGGAGGAGACGGACCUGAAACACGCCUCAGCUGAAGUGUCGCAAGUUGCUAAAGAAACGGAAGAAGCCUGUGCGGAAAAAGAUAGCGCUAAUGAAAUGUCUGAGCUCGAUACACAGCUAUCGGAGUCCAAAUUAAGGUACGAGGAAAUGGCAAAGCAGAUUGCUUUGCUAGAUGCCGGGUUCGAGCCGUCCAGUCUUCCCUAGUCAGGAGGCUUUGGUUAAGCCUAUCCAGUUAUGAAUCAUCGAAGUGUUGAUAAAAUUUGAACGGGAAUGUGCAAACGGUGUGCUUUGAGGAGUGUGUUGUUGGUGCUGUGUAAUAAGAAAAAUGCAAUGUUGCUGCCCGCGAAUGAAAAAAAGAAAUGGAUUGGGAAAAUUUUGAAAGACCUACUUUUUGCAAUGAUCAAAGUGCCUCAAACCCGUGAAGAAAAAUUCAUUUUUUUUACUUGCAUGUACUCCAAACAAGAAGUGUGCUUUAUUUUUGUGUGUAUAUAUAUAUAUAUAUAUUAGUAACCAUCACAAAGCUGAUUAUCUAUGCGGAAUGUAAAGUGUCUGGAGUACAAUUACUCAAGGGUGUUUCGGCGACAAGCUGGAGCACACAUUUGUUCUACUUACACAUGUUAUUGUUGCUGGGCUUCAGUCGUGACGUUGUGGUACAAAGUGCUUUUUUUUUUUUUACAUUCAAGCUGAGGUUUCAGUGUUGUGUGAGCAAGCAUGUGUUGCUGGAAGUUCCAAAACACUGAAAGUGAUUUGGGUGGCCAAGAAAUUUAAAUGGACCUCGACAUUUUUAAGUGUCAUGCAAACGCUUUGACACUGUUCAUGCUAAAAGUAUUUAUUUAUAAAUAUACUUCAGAUAGGGGUGAAUGUAAGCAAAAUAUUUUAAUAUGGUGGCUACAUUUUUGGAAUUUGCCGUAUUUCGAGGUGUGCUGCAUGUGCAUUGCACUUUAUAGCAUGGAUAAGAACCGUGGUUUGGGCAGUUAAUUCAGGUAAAGUGCUGCAGCAGCAAUAAUAGCAGUUUCAAUGAGUACAAACAUUUUGAAUUGCUUGGCACCUCCUGAAAGUUAAUGUGAUUUUCCUGUGUCAGGUGCCAACUCCUACUUCAUAGUCACCUCAGUCUUGCUGAUGACAACUGUGACACACAGAUGGCUUUCCUUGGACUCACUGUAGUGCUUGGGUGACAUGUUUGCAUAAUUAUUCAGGAUUUCUCAAAUAUGAUACCUCAAUAUUCCAAAGAUAUGAAACACAGUAACAAAAAUUUGAAUAGUCUUCCACAUGAAGCAAUGUUCGAAAAAUCGAUGUGACAGCUAUUUUUGCACAUUAAUGUGCGAUUGUGUUAAGUCCGUAAUAUAAAACAGUCCUGCAUUACAAUGCAGAUUGUGCAGAAAGCACGAAAGGGUUCAAAUUACAGUGCUGCCCACAAUGUGAGGGAAAGAAUGUACAAAAUUGUGUAUCACAUAAAAGAUAACCAAGUCA